UACCAGUUUCCUCAGUUCUCAGACCAGCUGAGGGCUUUUAAACCGAACUGAAGGUCAUUUGCAAGAAACAUGAAAGAAUAUAAAGCAUCUUCUUUUCACUGAUAUUCAGAAAGGAUUAUAUUUAUUUUGGAACUAUUUAUUGUGCAUGAAGGAUACCUAAGAAAACAAAAUGAAGAAAACAUGGAUUGUAGCACUGGUGUGCUUGACAGCAACCCUGUCAAGAGUACAGACAACAGACACAAACACAACAAGCACAAGCGUUGACACAACACCAGAUAAUACAACUGAGAUGACAGCAGCAACAGGAGAGACUCCCACAAGUACUGAACAAACACCUACAACAAACCUGGUCACAGACACAGAGCAAUCACAGAGCUCGGUUAUUCAAACCACUCUGCAAGCUCUGGCAAGUUUUGUGACAACUACUAGUGAAUUCCUAUCAACAAAUCUUGUAACUUCAAAUCAAGAACAAUCUACAGAAAAUUUAGAAAUAAGCCCAACUGAAAUUCCAACAUCGACUACAGAACAAGAAACCACAAAUGAUUCAAAUAAUGCAUCAACUACAGGUGAAGUUCUCACAAGUCCUGAAUCAACCACAACUGAAUCAGUACCAAGCACAUCAACUCCAGUUGAGUCGACAAUGCAGGAAACAACAACUGUGGAGUCAACAAGUAUCACAGACCUUCUGACAUCAACUACAGAACAGGUAACUACCCUGGAAACAACCAUCUCAAAUGAGUCAGCAACAACAAGUGAAGUCCUCACAAGUCCUGAAUCAACCACAACUGAAUCAGUACCAAGCACACCAACUCCAGUUCAGUCGACAAUGCAGGAAACAACCACUUUAGAGACAACCACUUCAAAUGAUGCAGCUACUACAACUGAAGCUUUUACACGUUCUGAACCAACCACAACUGAAUCAUCACCAACUCCACCAACACAGCAGGAAACAACCACUUUAGAGUCAGAAACAAGUACCACUGAACUUCUGACAUCAACUGCAGAACAAGUAUCUACACUGGAAACAUCAACCCCAAGUGAACCAUUAACAACCCCAACAACUCCAGUAGAGUCAACAAUGCAGGACACAACCACUGUGGAGUCAACAACAAGUAUCAAUGAGAUUCUGACAUCAACUACAGAACAAGUAUCUACACUGGAAACAUCAACACCCAGUGAGCCUGCAACUACUACCGAAGUCCUCAUAAGUCCUGAAUCAACCACAACUGAAUCAGUAACAACCCCAACAACUCCACUUGAGUCAACAAUGCAGGAAACAACCACUGAAGAGUCAACAAGUACAAUUGAAUUUCUGACAUCAACUGCAGAGCUAGCAACUACCUUGGAAACAAUCCCAUCAACUGAUGCAGCUACUACAACUGAAGCCUCCACAAGUUCUGAACCAUUUACAACUGAAUCAUCAACAACUCCCAUUGAGUCAAUAACAACAAGUAUCUACACUGGAAACAUCAACCCCAAGUGA